AUGUCCUGGACCCCUGUCCUGCUGGCGCUCCUGGCCCACUGCGCAGCUUGUGGCCCUCAGCCGGUGCUGAAUCAGCCGCCAUCCGUGUCCUCGUCCCUUGGAACCACGAUCCGCCUGGCCUGCACGCUGAGCAGCGACCAUGAUGUCGGUGUUCACAGCAUCUACUGGUACCAGCAGAGGUCCGGCCACCCCCCAAGGUUCCUGCUGAGAUAUUUCUCCCACUCGGACAAGAACCAGGGCCCCAAGGUCCCGGCUCGCUUCUCUGGCUCCAAAGACCUGGCUAAGAACACAGGGUAUUUGAGCAUCUCUGAUCUUCAGCCGGAGGAUGAGGCUGUGUAUUUCUGCGCUGAAUAUGUGGGCUGUGGCACGUACGUCUUCGGCGGCGGGACCCAGCUCACCGUCCUAGGUCAGCCCAAGUCCGCGCCCUCAGUCACUCUGUUCGCGCCCUCCACUGAGGAGCUCAAGACCAACAAGGCCACCCUGGUGUGUCUCAUCAAUGACUUCUACCCGGGCAGCGUGACGGUGGCCUGGAAGGCAGGCAGCACCGCCAUCACCAGGGGCGUGGAGACCACCCAGCCCUUGAAGCAGAGCAACGGCAAGUAUGCGGCCAGCAGCUACCUGGCCCUGACGGCCAGCGAGUGGAAAUCUUACGACAGGGUCAGCUGCCAGGUCACGCACGAGGGGAGCACCGUGGAGAAGACAGUGGCGUCCUCAGGGUGCCCUUAG